AUGGUAUUGUUGCCCAAUAAACCUGCUCCAGAAUUCAAAGGAAAUGCUGUGGUUAAUGGUGAAUUCAAAGAGAUCAGUUUGAAGGAUUAUCGAGGAAAAUAUGUUGUAUUAUUCUUCUAUCCAGCUGAUUUCACGUUCGUGUGUCCCACUGAAAUCAUCGCGUUCAGUGACCAGGUGGAGGAGUUCAACAGUCGAAAUUGUCAAGUGAUCGCCUGUUCUACAGAUUCUCAAUACAGCCAUCUUGCAUGGAACAAUUUGGAUCGUAAAUCGGGUGGAUUGGGUCAGAUGAAAAUUCCUCUGUUGGCCGACCGCACACAGGAGAUCUCCAGAGCAUAUGGUGUAUUAGAUGAGGAGGAUGGCAAUGCAUUCAGAGGUUUAUUCAUCAUUGAUCCGAAGGGAAUUCUACGUCAAAUCACGAUCAAUGACAAGCCAGUUGGACGAUCUGUGGAUGAAACAUUACGACUACUGGACGCGUUCCAAUUUGUGGAGAAGCAUGGUGAAGUGUGUCCAGUGAACUGGAAACGUGGUGAUCAUGGGAUCAAAGUUAAUAAAAAAUAG